CCCUUAUACAAGCGCUGUCCUUUUACCAGGUUGCACUAUUCAGCCGUUACCUUUUCCGGCCUCUCAUCUCCACCAUGCUGUUCUACAUUCAUUUAAUACAUAAAGUACAAAACAUCUUUUUUUAGAAUGCAGAGUGAAAGUCCGAUCCGAUGAAUAUCAUAUCAUUUAUACACAUCAAUGUGUUCUUAUGAGGAAGGAGAAGGUAGGGUGGAGUUGGCCAUGGAAGCUCUUCUUUAUGCUCUGGUUCUACUAUUGUGUGGCCUUGCCCUGCACUUCUACUAUAAUGCAUGGAUAAGGCCGGAGAGGAUUAGGAGAAAGCUGAGGCUGCAAGGCAUCGGCGGCCCUCCGCCGGCUUUUCUGCAUGGGAAUUUGAAGGAGGUGAGGAGGUUUGUGGGGGAGGAGAAGGGGAGGAGAAGGGGAGGAGGGGAGGAGAAGAUAAGGCAUGAUUAUAGCUCGGCUCUGUUUCCUUACUUCGACAGAUGGAGAAGUAUGUAUGGUCCAAUAUUUUUGUACACUAUGGGAAACGUACCAAUGUUGCAUGUGAGCCAUCCAGAAUUGGUGAGGGAAAUGAACCUAUGCAAAUCUCUUGACUUAGGGAAGGCCACUUACCUAAAAAGAACACAUGAGCCUCUGUUUGGCCACGGCAUUCUCAAGUCUAAUGGAGACUCUUGGACUCAACAAAGAAAAAUUAUUGCCCCAGAGUUCUUCAUGGAUAAGGUUAAGGGAAUGGUUGAAUUGAUGGUGGACUCUGCCAUGCCGCUGUUAAGAACAUGGGAGAGAAGAGUUGAGGAUGGAGGAGGGACAGCAGAGAUAAAUAUUGAUGAGGAUCUGAAGAGCUAUUCUGCAGAUGUGAUUUCAAGAGCAAGUUUUGGGAGCAGUUAUUCCAAAGGAAAGCAAAUCUUUCUGAAGCUUUAUGAAUUGAAGAAAGCUGUUUCUAAGCCAAAUCUCCUCCUUGAAAUCACUGGUAUAAGGCACAUCCCUACGAAAAGCAACCGAGAAGUGUGGAAACUAAACAAAGAGAUCCGUUCCCUCAUACUCGAGGUGGUCAGAGAGGGAAGCAUCAACGAAGGGCGGUGCUCGCCGGAGAACAACCUCCUUCGGGCCAUUCUCCGGAGCACCACCGACGCCGGCGGCGGCGAUGCGGAGGACUUCGUUGUUGAUAACUGUAAGAAUAUAUACUUCGCGGGGCACGAGACCACCGCUGUUGCGGCAACGUGGUGCCUCCUACUCCUCGCCCUCCAUCCAGAGUGGCAAGAACGUACACGUGCCGAGGUUAAGGAGCUCUGCGCCGGCAGAUCACCUGACGCUAACUCCCUCCUCAAGAUGAAAACUCUAACAAUGGUGAUCCAAGAGGUGCUCCGUCUGUAUCCACCUGGUCCAGUAAUCUCAAGGGAGGCACUCCGAGACAUAAAGCUUGGAACCAUUCAACUACCCAAAGGCAUCAAUAUCUUCAUCCCAGUUCCCACAAUGCACCAAAACCACGAUACAUGGGGAGCGGACGCCUACGAAUUCAAUCCAAAGAGAUUCGAGCACGGUGUCACGGGUGCUUGUAGGCUACCCCAAACAUAUCUGCCGUUCGGUGCGGGACCUCGAACAUGCCUGGGCCAAAACUUUGCCAUGGUCGAACUUAAGAUCGUCCUCGCUCUCAUCCUUAUAAAAUUUAGCUUCGUUUUGUCACCCAAUUAUAAGCAUUCGCCGAUGUUGAGAUUAAUUGUGGAGCCAGAGCAUGGGGUUGGUCUAAUUGUUAAGAAGGUUUAGUAGUAGAACUACAUUUGUAUCAACUCAACUAUCCGUGUAGAAUUUCAUAGUUUAGUACCUGAUAAUAUAUCUAACAUAAGUUUUUAUCUUUUAU